AAUUAAUUAAAAUGGCAACAACCAUGUUUCAACAAAAUGAGGCCAACUUCAAAAACAAAGUAGAGGAAUUCAAUGAACUUUAUAAAUAAUAUGCACUUACUUAAAGCAAACAAUUAGUUUUUGAGAAGAUGAAGCUUGUUUUUGUUUAGGCUGAACAAUAAGUAAUGAGAUUGAAUAUAUUUUAAAGUUCAAAUUUAUGGAAAUUGAGUUUGGAUCUUUCACGGAUCUACAUUAAAAAGACUUUGCUUAAAAAAUGAAAUCUAACAAACUCAUUUUUGUGGAAUGCCAAAAAAAACUUAGAGAUUUAUAAUCCAAUCUUGAUAAAAUGCCCUUAUCAAAUGUUAGUAGCAAUAGUAAAAAAUAAGCUCCAUCACCAAUCAGAGGACCCAAUUAAGAUCUACAUACAUAAGUGAAAUAGCUAGACACUCUAGAUUCUCGUUUAUUAGAAGCUGAGGAUACCUAAUUAACCAUUUUAGAUAAUAUACGCAAUCAAAAAGAGAAGCUACUCAAAGCCAUCGAAGAUGUAUUGUAUUUCUCAAAUAUUAUAGACCAAAGAAAUUCAAGUUGGAGUCAAAAUGACUUAGAGACAUGCAACUAUGAUUAAGAAUCGGCAAUCUUACAAUAAAGGAAUUCUCCUAUCGUUAAUAUGCAUCCUAACCAUAGGAAAUAUACUUAUUUUAUAUUACAAAUUCAUUAGUUGA